AUGGCUACAUCAGCUAAUUAUGCAGCAAGUUACAUCAUGGACAUUGAAUCAAUGUUCGAUCUCGACACAGUCCUCACCGGAGCCGAUGACUUCUAUUACUUCCACACCGUUGUAGCGCCACCACCCGUGAUGGUUGCUGAAUUACCGACAGUGGCUGCAGCGGACGAUGUAUGUGCGGUUUGUAUGGAGGAUUUUCUGCCGGAUGAAGGCGGUAAGCAGAUCCCAUGUGGCCAUGUGUACCAUCAAUCUUGCUUAUCGUCUUGGCUCUCUAUCCGCGACUCUUGCCCUCUCUGCCGUUGUCAUAUCGCCCCCGGUGACAAAACGGAGACGUCCAAAACCGUACAAGUUUAG